ACUUUAUCAAUACGUAACUCAUUUCGACGACAGGUGUCGUUGUACGGAGAAAGUAAAGUAGCAAACAGCAGCUCAGUGUAUCACGCUACGUAAUUAUUUGCGUACAUUUUGACCAAUCACAUGUUAACAACUACAAUACCACAAAGUUCUACAGUAACCUUUUGCACGGAUUGCGCGGAGUUACAAUGAUGAUUCGCACGAGCUUCGGCCUACUCUUACUUGCCUUGGCAUCCAGUCUAUCCAAAGAAGCCCAGACGGAUAAAAAAGAGAAGCCAAAAAAUCCAUACUUGACAAAGUUCCAACAGGAGGCUGGUGCGAGACCUACAAAGUGCCAAGUAUGCAGGUUAAUGGUGAGUGAGUUAUUGGAGAGGCUCAAAAUCACCAACUACAAGGAGACGUUGAACAAAGGCUACGGUCUGGACUUGGGGGAAGACCCAAGACUCCAGAUUCACUAUCACACAUCUGAACUUCGCCUCGCCGAUGUACUCGAUGACUUGUGCGACCGCGUCAAAUUGUACCGCGCGAGGGCUGGGCCUGCGUUUCCUUACAUUAAGGGAGCCAAAAGUCAUCUACGAGAGGCCAUGGAUGAUUUGGCGGCAAGGUCCAAGGUUGGACUGAAGUUUCACGUGCCAGACGACGUCAUAGAGGAUUAUACUUAUGAAGUUGUGCGCAUGAAAUUCCAGUGCGUUCACAUGCUUGAGUUAUUCGAAGAAGUAAUCGAAGAGUGGUACUUUGAGCACCAGGAUCAAGACCUUAUGACCUGGCUAUGCCGCGAGCGAGUACUAAAGAUCGAUGAACAAGGGUGUCUGAAUGCUUCCACUGCAAUGCCUGCCGAUUACUUUGAUGCUUUUGAAGAUAACCACAAUGCCACCAAAAAAUCUGAAAUUCCAAUGAGAGAAAAACAAAGAGAAGACAUGUAAAUGCUAUUAAUAAAGGAGUUUAGAUAGGGCCUCCAUUAGAUAAGACCUGCAUGCAAGAAGUUGUAUCAUCUAAAGUUAAAUCACGGAAUAUGGGUAAUAGCAGUGCUGUAACACCCCUUGGGGCUUGUCCCAACCUAAAUCUUUUUUUUGAUAAAAAGAAAAUGACCAGUAGGGGUGCUCCUCAGUAUUUCGAGGUCUGCUAUGGUUGUGUAUUAGUCUUUAAAAAAGUAUACUACAGCAAAAUCCGGGUAGCAUGCCUCUUCCUACUUCUGGUUUACAUGUACAUAGAUGACAUCAUUGGGACAAAAACCAUUAAACGACUUUGGAAAUAGUUUUACGAAUGUUUGCAUCCACAUUAAGUAAUGAUUUGCAGCAUUAGACAUAAGCGCUAGUUGACAAUGGAAUGGUGAAAAGGUGUUCAUUUUCUAUUCUUUGAUGUGGGUUUUUAAUUAGAAAAGCAAGGAAGUCGUUUGUUUUCAAAAGAUUGAUUUCAGCACUCCAAAAAAACACUUGGUCAAAUUGAGGAAAACGUCUGAGAGCAAUGCUUCCGUUUUUGUGAUAAAAAUGCCUUUGUUCUCUCACCCCUAUUGACUGAAAAGUAUUUGUUUAGAUGUUUUCCUGUAAAAGAGCUAAAAGAAAUUUGCUUUCAGCUACGUUUGACUGUAAGCAUUUCACAAAUACUAUAAGACAAAUAUAAUUAAAAAAGUGAGGAUGUG